AUGAAGUUGCCAAGCAGCCAGAUGCUGCGCAGCCUCUCAACCGCUUCUCACAGUCAAUCUAGCGGGUUGUGUGGGCCAGCAGUAAAACUACUCCUUAUCAAAUAUGGAUUAGAAAACCGAAAAAUAGAUGGAAGUGGGCCUAAGAAAAAUAUUCUCAAAGGCGAUAUUCUGGACAUCGUUCAAAAGGAAAACCUCACACCAGUUCCUGUGAAACCUGAUGCACCAAGCCAAGUAGCUCCUAGUCCUUCUCCAGUGAAAAAACCUUCAGAUGCUGGAAAACGCGAUCUUCGUUACUUUGAGGAUGUUCCAUUGACAAAUAUUCGAGCAACUAUCGCCAAAAGAUUAACCGCGUCAAAAAGUGAAAUUCCGCACGAAUAUCAAGGAAUCGACGUCAGAGUUGACAAAAUUUUGGCACUCCGCAGAAGUUUGAAGGAAAGUGGAACAAUUCUUUCUGUCAACGAUUUCAUCAUUAAAGCAGCUGCGUUGGCUUUGAGAGCUGUUCCUGAAAUCAACGUUCGAUGGACUCCGCAAGGAAUCAUUCGCCUCGCUUCUGUAGAUAUAUCGGUGGCUGUCGCGACCCCAACCGGUCUCAUCACUCCAAUCGUCGAAAAUGCAGACGUUCUUGGAGUAACCGCAAUUUCCAGCAAAGUCAAGGAGCUUUCGGCACUUGCCAAGGAGAGCAAAUUGAAGCCACAUCAAUUCCAAGGAGGUUCAUUUUCUAUUUCGAACCUUGGAAUGUUUGGAAGUGUAACCAAUUUCACUGCUAUCAUUAAUCCACCGCAAUGCGCUAUUUUAACGGUCGGAGGCACUCGAACUGAAGUUUUUAGCAAUGAUGGACAAUUGGAGUCGCAGCAACUAAUGGGUGUGAAUCUUUGCUUUGAUGGUCGAGCGAUCGAUGAAGUCUCCGCGAAAAAGUUCCUUCUCCACUUCUCUGAAUCGCUGGCCGAUCCAGACCUUCUAAUUGCUGAGCCAAUUUCCGCCGACUUGGACUUUGAUUUUUCGAAACUCUUAUAG